AUGCGGGAUCCGCGAGUCCCUUUCGGUCUCGCUCUGGUUUCGCGUCUCGACAGAAUCCAUCGCGACUCGUCCGCGAGGGCAUUCCCAACUCGUCGCUCACACUCUCCUCUCGAAGACGUGCCAGCACAUCGCGCAGUCGCACCGCUUCAACCCUCCUAUUCCGUCGAUUCUAACUCUCCCAUGGACAUCCAUCGAUCGACCGCCUCAUUUCCAUCUCGCGGCUUCGAGGCCGAGUACUACCACCUGAGCCUCGCCCACCUGAGCGCCUUCGACUUCUCGCAAUCAGAUGAGCCGAGCGGCAACUGA